CGCUCCGCAGAGACUAGCCACUACUUCUAGGGAUACUAUCGAAUGCGCGUGCAUAGUGCUGCUUUUCCUCUGUAGCCUAUUAACCCCCGGGCCAACAUCAUUCCAUUAUUUUCAAUUCUUUCUGUCUGUUUCACUACUAUCGUUACUAAUCUCCUAUCGACCGUUGGUGAUUGCACAAGCAACAUACAUGACGGGACUAUAUCGGUAUCCCGCUUUGUGUUUGCUGAUGGUAAAAGGAGACCGAUCAGAAUUGCCGAAUAAAGCGAAUGCGAAAAUUCUGUGAUACACGAUAAAGGCAGUCGUUACCUGGAGCAAAAAAUCACUAACCGAAUCAUUCUUAAUUUUUGACCAAGAUGUCAAAAGUACUUACAAUUAAGUUGGUAACGGCCGUUGAUCUAGACAUUUUUUUCGUUAGAAUAUUUCUUGAUAUUUCGUCAUAAUGCGUCACAAAUUUCCACCUUAUUGGUUGGUUAAUACGCGCUACCGCACCACCUUUUGGAGUGGCUGCUUAAAUUGCCUUUAUUCAAAUUCGAAGAUUUGAUGAUAACUAGAUUGCAUUGUUCCAGCCAUUUAGAACAACCACUUGGCCUACUAGGACCGAUGGUGAUGAUGAUGAUGAUGAUGAUGAUGAUGAUGAUGAGUAAAACCAUUUAGGUUUCUAGGUGCCAUUUUCAUAAAGUGUUUUCGGGGACGGAUUUUGAACGGAAACAAACCCUGAACCAGCAUUGCGUAUUUGGAUUUGGAUGCAGCAUUUAAGCAAGAUUAUAAAAUAAAAUGUUCGUUUCUUGUAGCAACCGCCGGUUUUGUGUCGUCACAGUUAUGUCGCUGAAGCGUGUUAGUCACUUGAACGUGAGUGGUGUGAUAAGAGUACGUAUAAAAAAAAAGUACGGUUCGAUUAGAAGUUGAAAUGAGAUGUAACAAUCUCCAAGAAGCAAUAAUUAGAAUUUUGUCACAGCUCUAUUGAUACAAGCGUAAUUCGGAAGUGGGAAAAUUGUAAGUGGGAGACCGGUUUGGAUAAAAAAGGAACGUUAAUUAAUAUUGAUCCCAUGGGAACGUAUUCUUGAGGCUGGAGCUGGAGUGUGUACGACCAUACUAUUGGUAACCUUAAAUGGAGUGAAAUAAAUAAUUAGUGCAUAAUCGAA